AUGAAGGAUAAUAUAGUAGUAAUUAAAUUUGGUGGUGCAUACAUUACCAAAAAGAGUCAAUUAAGAACUAUAAAUAAAGAGAAUUUAGAUAAUUUAAUUUAUAUAGUAACCAAUCUUUCAAAAAUUCAUAAAAAAAAAGUUAUACUUAUACACGGUGCAGGUUCAUUUGGCCACUCUGAAGCAAAGCAAUAUAAUGUUCAUCUCGGAGAUCCAACACCAUUGCAAUCUAUAAAUAGUGAAGCUAUUUCAUCAUUAACAGAAGGAAUGUUAAAAACCAGAGAAUCUGUAACUUUUUUACUAGAAAUAGUAAAAUCAGAAUUAGUUAAACAUGGAUUAAAUGUUUUUACAAUGUCUCCAUUCUCAUCAUGGAAAACAAAAAACAAUGGUAAAACUGUAGUAACUCAUAAUAUAGAUAAUAUUAAAUUUUUACUUGACAAUUUUCCAACUGCCAUACCAAUUUUACAUGGAGAUGUUUGCUUAGAUGAGGAUUCUAAAUGUUCAAUAUUAAGUGGUGAUGUAAUUAUAAAAGAGAUUUGUUUCAAUUUAAAAGUCCAAAAAUGUAUUUUUGUAACUGAUGUAUAUGGGGUUUAUGAUAGUUCACCAAGCAACCCAAAUUCUAAACUAAUAAAUUUUUUACAAGUUUCAAAUAUUAAUAAUAAUAAUACUACCAAUCAUAAUAAUAAUAAUAAUAAUAAUAACAAUAUAGAUACAAACAUUAAUAACAUAAAUGAUGAUGUUACAGGUGGAAUGAAGGCAAAAUUAGAAUCUGCUUUUGAAAUCGCAAAAAAAAAUAUAUGGACUUUAAUUAUAGGUGGUGAUUAUAGCAAACAAGAAAUUCUAGAAACUAUUUUAAAUGAUGAUUUAAUUCGUCACUUAAACUCAAACCAAGAAUCAAAAGGUACACUUUUAUAUUGCUAA